UUUCUUUGUUUCUCAGGACUGUAAUGACUGUACUACUGUUUUAUUGUAACAGAGGGAAGUAAUAUUUGUUUUCCUGAAUGCUGCCCAGCUAGUUCAUAAUUGCAUUUAUCAGCUGAUUUGAUUUGAAGGGAACAGUUCUUAAGGAACUGGUUUUUCAGAGGUCCAGCUCGUGCUCAAUUCCCAUUGAAAUCAUGGAAGGGGUUGCUAAGAGCUCUGGGACUGUUAUUUACUGAGACUGUAGUUUAAGUGCUUGCUUGUCUAGCUGUAUUAUAUUAGUAAAAAUAAUAAUAUUCUUAUUUUGAGAAGAGUUAGCCAGAGCUGGCAGAUACUUCUGUUUCUCUGUGGGUCAUGUGUAGUCUACACAUGUAUAUUCCUGUAUGUUGAGAAGCUUUCAAAGGGAAGAUGGGGAACUUGCAGAAGAAUCUCUUGUCCCCUUUCUAAGCCUUUCUUUUGAUUUUUAGCUACUCAGUAACAUGAUUUAAAAAUAUAUUCGAACUUCAAGUCUUGAAGCUAAUUAGUUUUGGGACAUUAGCAGGUGGAGGAAAGGAGGAACUGAGAUAAUAAAGGGAGAAGUUACAGCUAAGCUAGUAAACGGUGCAAGAUGUAUAGGCAGACUCAGAGCUGUAAAUAGCAAUAAUCCAGAAUUAUAUCUGCCUGGUCUGAAUACAAGGGUUCUUUUCAGGGUUAGUACAACAUUAGUAGUGAAAUGUGAAAGGUAGUGCAGGAAAGGAAGUGUUAGUUCCUCUCCCUUAAGCUCUCUUGAUUAGAUUUGUUUGUCAAGUUAACAAAUGCGUGUGAAGUGCAUGAGGCUUGAUAACAUCUCUUAAAUAAUGCUGUUAACAAAGUACUGAUUAAGCUACAGUAAACUAAAAUGAAACGCAGAUGCAGGAUCCUCUUUUUGAAAAUGCACAUCUGUCAUCUCUAGAAGAGGAUUACGUAAGAUACAUUAGUAGGGGAAGAGUCUGAACAAGCUCAAAAUGAAAUAAAUAAAAGCUGCAAACUGGAGCCAACACAAGCUGAUAGGAUUGGGAAUACUUGCAAAUAUGGAAAAUGUGGUGUACAGAAAGUAGGCAUAAGCUAUAUCCAUGUGAAAUGUCCAAGUAGCUAGGAAAAGUUAAGAUGCACACAGGAAUUUGCUAAAGUCAUUGGAUGAGGACUCCUGUUACCUUUGGAACAAUGACAAAAACACAAAACCAAAGAAGUUUUUAAAUGGAGCUUUGAGAUUUCACAUCAAGACCUCCAGCAGAAAAACAGAUUCCGAAUCUGCAUUAAUAGAUUAUUUCAAGCCUUAUUAUGAGAAAGUAAUCCAGCUGAUAAAGAUGUUACACCAUCUAGCAGCAGUCAAAUUUCUUCAGGGAGUUUCCAUUCCAUUUUGGGUUGGUCAGGUUUUCUGCUGCGUAGAGGGGAAGUUUCAGAAGACCAGAUUGCAUGGCAGCAAUCCACAAAGUCUUAGAGCAGAAUUUUCAGCCUGCAUCUGGAACGUGCUCUGUAGUCUACAGAUUAAUCUGGCAGGAUUGUCACAGUGGAUGGUACUUCAGUGUCUGCAUUAUGUGGACAUCAGUGAUCUGUUGCUUUAUUUUUAACCCAUCCACCCUGCAACAGAUUCAGAGCACUGACGUAGGUGUUGCUGCUCACCAUCACUGCUGGGGACGAGGGCGGUUGAAGAGAAGGGUAAGAAACCUUGGGGCAGACCAGAACAAUUCACCAGUGAAAUUCUCUCCAAUUCCUUUCUGUUAGUGACUGUCAUCUUCCUUCUGCCGCAGGUUCGAGGGCAUAUCUUUCAUGCAUAUAAAGACAUAUUUUUUCAAUCCAGAAUACCUAUUGUACUUUAAGCAGGAAAGCAACUGACCUAUUUGACUGCUGUAGUUUUUCACCUUCUGACUAAUACAAAGCAUUUGUACACACCUACAAGCAUCCUCAGGAUGCAUUUCUUUUGGUAAGGCCUGUGUACAUCUGCAGCCAGUGCCACUGCAACUCCAGAGCGUCUGUUGAUGUUUUCCGGCAUACCUGGUAUAGCAAGGGAAUAUGGUGCAGUUUCUGAAGUAUAAAUGACCUGAUAGAAAUGACCUAGUAGAAUCCCAGCUGUUCAGAUAGCAUGUUUGUUACUAUAGUAGGUACUAAACCACAGACAGGAAGUCAUGAUUUGUGCUUACUUGCCCCAUUCCAGUUGUGAAUCUUUGGCAGAGAAUAGUUUAGCCUUUAUUUUGGAACAUGUAAUGGGCAGAGGGCUGCGGUAGGUGGCAGGUGAGGGAGGACUUCCGUCUAUGUUCUUCCAAUGGCACUUGACACUCUAACAAUCCAGCAAGUUACAGAUCAUUUGGUUCAUCUCAUGUUCUUGCUGUCACUUGGGAAACUGAAAUCUUGACAGAGUGGACGAUUAAAGUGGGAAUUCAAGUGGUUUCCAUCUACUCCUGUUACACUGAGGUUUCCUGUUGUUGCUGUUGUCCCUUCUGAUUGUUGAGGGAUACAUCUGGUGCAGGUAGUUCAGUUUGCAAGAUGCAGAUUGAGCUCUGGGUGGGAGCCUGAGACAAGAGGCCAUGGAUUGCCAGCCUCUUGGACAACCAAGGACAUGAAGAUGAGUGGUGCCAGUGAGGUAGGUGAAUGGACACUGGGAGACACAGCAGGAGCAGGGGACUUGGGAGGAAGAGUGAGAUUUUUAUGCAGGUAGACUGUGAUGGGCUAAAAGUCCAGGGCUCCUUUGGGGGUAGAAGCACCAUUUCAGGCUGUUUCUGUGCUACUGCUCUGUGAAUAAAUGAUUUUGUGGAACAAGACAUCUGAGAUGCUUCCGUGGGAAAGCUGGGGUCAAGCUAGUGAGGAAAUCUGGUCUGACUGUGUGAGUGGGGUGUGCAGGGAAUCAGGCAGGGGUCUCGUGGGCUCACAGGAGUCACCUGCUUUGGAGGGGCUUUGGUCCCAGCAGUGAAGGUGUCUGGUGUUGGAUGUGACUGGCAGAGAGUCAUGUGGAUGGUCAGACUGGAAGGUUUCCUUAAAACCAAGUACUUCAUGCUGAUAACCCAGAAGAACCUAAUUUUCUGCUUCUGUCAGAUGUACUAUUCAGGGGAAUGCCCCAGACACCAGGCCCAAGUCAUGUGCAUGCUCUUCCUUCCUUUUAUACUUCUCAACUACUUUGAGAGACUCUGUCCUGUUUUCUCUGAAUCUGACUGAUUUUGCUGCAGCUUUGUGGUUCCAGCAAUGUAAUGAGGACCCAGGUGGUGUGGUUCCAGGUGUCUGCAGGCAUUUUUUGUUAUUGUUUUGCUUGUCCUGCAGAUAGCAAAACUGGACUAUCUGAGUGGCUGAAAUCUUAGCUUCACUGAGCUAAGAUCAUCUGGGGGCUCUGCAGCCAGGAUUUUGACCUCCUUUGUCUUUUGAAAUGGCCUUUGUUUCUGAAGGCUCUCUGCAAUGGCAGUAUGGCUGGAGUCCAUCUUUUAUCUAUAGCCACACUGGUUCCUAAGAGUAGCAACUGAGCUUCAAGCUGUCUUCUGUCUUGGCAUUCCUAUGUGCCCCAGCCAGCUUUGCAGGAAGUUAUGAACCAAAUAAAGCACAGUGAAGGAGGAAGCUGAGCCCUUACCUGCCUCCUCCUGGGCAAGUGUACUCUGCUGUUGGGUGGAGAUUCUGUAGAAAUGAGGAAUUCUCAUUUUUUGUGAGGUGUGGCCUAAACAUCUAACUGGAAUCCUGAAGAGAAGGGACUAUCUAGGAGCAAUCUCCUUGCAUUAGCAUUUCUUCCUUUUUGGCAGGCCCCCAGUUUGAUGUGCCUCAAGUUUGGAUCCAAAUUUGCAGGUGCCCAACUCCUCACCUUUGAAUCAGUUGCAAGGCCUUACAAUGGCACGGAAUGAGCACUGCGUUCAAGCCUCCUUCCUGUAAAUGAUAGGACCAAACAAGGCGGUGUGAUGAACAUGCCACUGCAUCAAAUCUCUGUCAUUCCAGCUCAGGAUGUUACCUCUUCCAGAGUCUCCAGGAGCAAGACCAAAGAAAAAGAGGAACAGAAUGAGAAGGCUUUGGGGCAUUCCGUGAGCCGCUCUAGUAACAUCUCAAAGGCUGGAAGUCCAACCUCUGUCUCUGCCCCUCAUAGCUUCUCUCGGACUUCUGUUACACCAUCCAACCAGGACAUCUGCAGUUCCAGUGCAGUGUUUUCUGAGUGUUGUCAUCACAGUCCAGUGCAGUCUGCUGUUGUCUUGAAAAAUCCGCACUGCCAGAGCCCUCUGACACAAGGGGUCACUGUGACAGUAAUCUGUCAGGACACGUUACAUGCAGCAAACAGAAACUCCCGUGGGCAGGAUCGGGGCCAGGCACUCAGGUCUGCUAAGAAUGUAAAGCCCACCCACACUCUGAAAUUCUCCAAGUCCCUCAAUGACGUGGACCAGAAGGCGCAGAGCACCAGCGAGUGCUUUGAUUAUGUGGAGCGAACACGCUCAGAAGGCAAACUGACCCCGAACCAAGAGCAGUGUUUAAGGAUUAACAAAUUUCAUCUUAAAGAGAGGAAACCGCUGAAUCUCAGGCCUCUUUCUUUUAGCAAUUCUAAGCACUCCUAUAUCCCUUCCUUUUCCAACUACUCAAGUGCAUCGGGAGGAGCAGAGAACCACAGCGCUGUACAUAUCCCCCUGCUGGAGGACAAGGUGGACCAUGACUCCUCAAGGAGCAAAAAACUGUUGCGUUACCUUUUUUCCUUCUCCCACACCUCCAGCAUCAGCAGCCUGCAUAAAUUUCAUGAACUGGAGAGCUAUUCCAGUCACUUCCAAGCUGACAAAUCCUCCAGCAUGCUGGUGGAAAGCACGGACUUCUGCUCUGAUGAUAUGGGAGAUGAUGACGUCUUUGAGGACAGCACCUCAGUGAAACUCAAAGCAAAAGAGCAGCGGGCACCGCUCUGUUCAGUUGAGAAGGACAGUGACCUUGACUGCCCUUCCCCCCUCUCAGAAAAGUUACCCCCUCUCUCCCCUGUGUCCACAUCGGGGGAUACCUGCAGGAUAUGUCACUGUGAAGGAGAUGAUGAGAGCCCUCUGAUUACCCCCUGUCACUGUACGGGAAGUCUUCAUUUUGUGCACCAGGCCUGCCUGCAGCAAUGGAUCAAGAGCUCGGAUACGCGAUGCUGUGAACUGUGCAAGUAUGAGUUCAUCAUGGAGACAAAACUGAAGCCUUUGAGAAAGUGGGAGAAGCUGCAGAUGACAGCCAGUGAAAGGAGGAAGAUCAUGUGCUCUGUAACAUUCCACAUCAUUGCCAUCACCUGCGUUGUGUGGUCUCUCUAUGUCCUCAUAGACAGGACUGCUGAAGAGAUUAAACAGGGACAAACUACCGGUAUUCUAGAGUGGCCAUUUUGGACUAAGCUGGUAGUUGUGGCUAUUGGUUUCACUGGAGGACUUCUGUUCAUGUAUGUGCAAUGCAAGGUGUACGUACAGCUGUGGAAGAGACUUAAAGCUUAUAAUCGAGUAAUAUAUGUACAAAACUGCCCAGAAACUAGCAAAAAGAAUAUUUUUGAAAAACCUGCACUAAUGGAGCCAAACUUCGAAAGUAAAGAAAUGUUUGGGGUUCACCAUUCAGACACAAACUCUUCACAUUACACAGAGCCAGAAGACUGUGCUGCAGAAAUCCUUCAUGUCUGAUUGCUAGGUAUAAGGGGUGUUUCUGUAUGUCCUUGAAGAUUUGAAUAUCAUUGUUUACUGCAAACUGCUCUACCUUUUUAAAAUCUGCAAACAGCUGCAGGCUGGCGGAUGAAUUUUUUACGUUUGUAUUUUUGUUGGAAUUUUUUAAAAUCCCUUAGGCAUAUCUGUCAAUGUCAUCAUGGUUGCAUACCUCUCCACAUUUUGUGUCUCGUACUGGCUGAUCAAAGAGCCACAGGAUAUUGUGUAGAAUGAGCCUUGGGUUUGGUAUCAAGGAAGCCGCCAGCGAGCUGUCAUCAACUUCACGGAGAGUGUCACUUUAGAACAUGGCUCUUAAGUGAUUCUGGAGGAUGUGUAGUGUGGGCUUGGUUGGUUGGUCUGUUCUUUUUGUGUGAUGAAGGAGGUUGUCCCAGACAGUGAGAGAAAUGAGAGAGAGACUAAUCUGCCACUAACAUUGUGUCUUAGGCAGCAGGUGUAAAAUUUUGCUUUACAUAUUGCGAUGAGACUUACAAAGCAUAUAGCACUUUUAAAAAUCUUUAUUUUGUGAUAUGUAUGUCAAAUGAGAAUGAAACUUGAAAGAAUGUGUCAUUUUUGAAACAUUUAUUCAUUCUUUACCCCGUCUUUUCUUCUGGAACAUAAACCUCUUGCCUUACGAAAAAGAUUUUAAAAAUUUCAGCCUGUGAUUUCCAACAUAUACCCACAUUAGCUUACUAAACAUAACACUAAAAAACUCUGCCUCUUUGGGUUUCCUUUGAGGAGCAAUUUUCUUCAAAGGAUAUUGCACUUGUGACUUGUAUAUGAGGAGUAGUGGAUGUGUACAAUGUCUGUUUUCAGUGGUUUCAGUGCUCUGUUUUGGGGAUUGGUUUUGAUUCUUUUUUUCCCCAACAGGUCAGACCAUCAACAUACCUGUACAUAUAUACCUAAUGUAACUUUCAUUCCAAACCAUUGGCGAAGGGUUUGUUGCUAUAUUGAUAAAAAUGUGAGCUGUUACAGAAAAAAGGAAACUUAGUCAAUACAGCUGAAACUGGUUUUCUUUCU